AGGAGGGGGCGGAGAGCAGAGAAGGAGCUCCACAGCUUUGGUCCAACACAGCGGAAAGUAGGAGUGUGGAGUUUGUCUGUAUGUGUGUGUGUGUGUGUGUGUGUGUACGUGUGUUCGUGUGCGCAUGGGAAAAGGGGGGGGAAAGAUGGGAGGACCGAGGAGACAUGGCAGGAAUUGAAGUAGGAUGUGGAGCCACGCAGGAUCGGUUUCAUCUGGACAGGAACAGGAAGAGAGGGCAGACAAAGUAGAGGCGCACAGAGGACUUGUCAGAACAAGGGGUAAAGAAAAAAAAGAAAGAGAAGACAAUCUGAUAACUGUGGAGGCGUGCUCUCACUCACCAUAGGAGGGGAAAGCAGUCAAACCAGACAGGCAGGAAGGGUGAGGGCGGGGGAGGGAGAGGAGGAGUGAGGUAUAUAGAGAAAAUCAGAGUGCAAGCAGAGGCAAUAGAUUAACACUCUUCGGAAAGAGAGAGAGAGAGAGAGAUAGGGACAGAGACAGACAACCGAGGAGGUCGGGGGAGUAACUGGAAAAGCAGAGGGAGGGUGAGAGAGAGAGAGAGAGAGAGCGAGAGAGAGCAGACAGCGUUGGCUGUGAGCUUGUAGGUGAACUGGGACAGAGGGUGAGGGGGGCUAGUGGGGGGAGGUCUGCAGGAGGGGAGAGGUAUGAGGGGACAGCUCCUGAGGUCACUCGUCUCCCUGAUGAUAACCCUCCUCUGUGUGGGGACCCUGCUCACCACCCUCAUUUGGUACGUGUUCAACGAAAAUAAUGUGCAACCUCAAAGAGUGCCUGCUCAGAAAAAAAGUGCCCCCCAGCCCUCCGACCCCUGUAAAGGCUGCAGGCAAAUCAUCGACAAAGUGCUACAGCGUUACUCUCCAACCUGGAAGAGGCAAGAGGACAAUUACCAAAAAUUCAGAUCUCAGCUCAGCAGCAAGUGCCAUGGGUUUGACAAGGCCAUUAUCACCCAGGCCAACACUCCAGUGGGGCACAAGCUGGUGUACGACGGUGAGAAGAGGAGGAGCCUGCAGGUGACCCGGGAGGUUUUCAGCACCUUCAUGAAGGAGCAUCCUUUCUCUAAUAAAACAUGGGACACGUGUGCUGUGGUCGGGAACGGAGGGAUCCUGACCAACAGCAGCUGUGGGCAGAUGAUCGACUCAGCUCAGUUUGUCAUCAGAUGCAACCUACCUCCUCUGCAGAACGGCUACGAGAAACACGUGGGCACCAAGACUGACCUUGUGACAGCAAACCCAAGCAUCCUCAUGGAGAAGUACGGGGCUCUGAUGGGGCGUCGGCGUCCGUUUGUGAAGAGCCUGCGCAGCUACGGAGACUCCCUGCUGCUCCUUCCUGCCUUCUCCUACGGCCACAACACGCCCGUGUCCCUGCGGGUAGCCUACACCAUCGAGGACUUUGAGAGCCCCACACGGCCCAUCUUCUUCAACCCUGAGUACCUCCAGAGUCUGGCCGUCUUCUGGCGCUCCCAGGGCCUCAGAGAAGUGCGGCUCAGCACCGGCAUUAUCAUGGCAAGCCUGGCGCUGGAACUCUGCAGCAACGUGCAUCUUUACGGGUUCUGGCCUUUCAGCAAUCACCCACAUGGCCUCCGCGCCCUGACUAACCACUACUAUGACAACAGACAAGUGAAAAAGAAAUUUCACGCCAUGCCGGCAGAGUUUGACCACUUGUUGCGGCUGCACAGUGAGGGCGCGCUCAGGCUUCACCUGGGAGACUGUGCACCUGGCGAAAAGUAGUUCCCUGGAUCCGGGAACGACACCGAAGUGCCUUCUCACGACGGAGCCAAUCCCAUUGCAUGCACUUUCUGGUGAAUGGAUUUAUUCUGGCUGAUGACAAGUGCAAGCAAAGUGGGUGCUCGGAACGAUCAGCAGCAGAGAAAUCAAAAUGCAACAGACUGUAAAUGCUUCCAAACCUCAUAGUGUAUGUAUGACUGUAUUUAUUAACACAAACGCUCCAGCUGGAGUCUGGAGGGAAGUAUUUUUUAACUGGGAAGCCUUUGUGAGGCCUUUGUGAGCGUCUACAUUUUAGUGCCUUAUGCCAAUCAUCCAGUAGUGACUGUUAUAUAUAUCUGACCAUGGGAGUGUUAGAUCUACCUGAAUGUAUUUUUGAAGAAAAUCAACAUGAAGACUGUCUGGCUGCAAAAACUUUAAAUGAAAAAACACCAGCACACUGAAUGUAAAGAGUUUUUUUGGACAUUUCACCUUUAACCACUCUGAAAAGUAUUCUUGUAACCGAGGUCAAAUGAGGGAGAAGUAUGUGUUUCUCGCACACUUAGAUUACACAGAUGCUGUUGCUGUUUGUGGAAGUUUCACUCCACUCUGCUGAAACUGAUGCUGGAUGCGAUUCGCACAUGAAGUGAGGGGGGGUCGUGCCCCUGUAGCCUUUAGUACAAACCACAGAGGAUCGGUGAGGCUCGGAGCCAAGGCCCGAACAGAGAGGGGAAUUAUAACACUAGCGAACACACGGUUGCUAUGGAGAGCUUGCGUUACAGCGCGUUACCCCCUUGUCACCGUGGCGACCACACAGGGAUAGGUACUGUCACAAAGUGGCAACAUAUUGGUACAAUGUUUUUUUUGUUGUUGCUGUCAAUGACAAAUCAAUGUAGAAUUAACUGACUCCAAUGCGAAGUGAUACAAUGAUUGUGAACUGUGCACUUUGGGUGAAAUCUGGAGGAUGAACUCUCGGCGAGCCUGUUGAAAAAUCCUGUCGUGAUUUUUUUGUUGUCUUGGCGAAGUCGAGAGGGGGAAAUGAAGUUAAAGUGAAUAAAUAUUUAUCAGAAAAAAGUUGCUUGUAAUCAGUGACUCGAAGGGAAAAGCUUUUUCCCCGACGUCUCAGUGUCUUUGAGCCAUUAAGUGCCUGAAACCUGCCAAGAUGUGUCACCAGAAUUCAGUAGUUCUACUCGCAAGCAGCACAGUGAGUGCUUCAGAGGAACGACAUAUGAUCCAGUUAUUUAAUAUCAUCAUACUUUCAUAUGCAUUCUUGUAUCGAUUUUCUUUUUUUUUGGUUCACUACUUAUACCGUUUUGUAACCGGAUGUAAGACAUGUGCAGAUGUAUUUGCAAACACAUGAACACAGAGUUAUGUUCCUGUUCAUCAUUAGGCCUCUUGUUUUCCCAUACAGCUGUGAUAUCAGUGGCGUGCACUUUACUGCACUCUGCUGCAGGGCAUCAUCCCACACUUGCUAUGUGCACAACACAUGAGAACAUCUGGAUGAUGCCGUGACAAAAACAAGACAACAAGAACAAAACGUAACCAAAAGAAGGAAUGAUAAAUACUGGGUCACUUUUAGUUCUCUUCUUUUGUUCUUAUUUUCCAAAAAUUCAUUGUAACAUGUUGUGGGCAGCGUCUCUGCUUGGGGUCAGUGCAUCCGGCCAAUUAGGCCAUUAAUGGGAAGAGUUGUGUGUUUCUUUAUAGGGGAAGGAGGCUGCCACAAGUUGCCAUCGCUGACAUUAUGGUCAUGAGAUUCCACUUUUAUCGGCAGUGACCUCGUUGUAGAUCCAGCUGCAGCACUGGGCUUGUUCCCACUGACUCGUCUCUCCGGGGAACGACUUCUUUUUUUUCUUCUUCAAAACAUACUGUCCAGCUCUUUUCAUCUUCAUACGGUUUUCCAUUCCCACAAACACUGAAUGACUGCAUCAUCGGGCUGGAUUAUGUUAUGUAAAACCAGUGGCUACUUGAAACACACACUGCAGAUGCUCUGUCUCAUCAAGAGCUGAACUUCAGCUGUCGUCCGGUGACAAAACAAAGCAGCCCCGGGUGACGUGAGCCGAAGUGGCGUCCCCUCAGUCUCCUGACAGGGACGCAGCAUCAGCUCGUGUGAGUCUGUUAUUCUCCUGAUAGGACUGCAGAGACCCCCCCUCUCCACCAAUUAGAAUCAGAAUCAGGAGCGUAUUUCACACAGACGGGAUGAGCAGAACAACACUGUCCAGGGUGGGAAGCCUUUCAUUCAUAUCCUUUUCUUUUCUGGAGCCAAAACAAAAGAUGCGGAGACUUAAUUCAAUAUGUAUUUCUGAUUUAUUUCAUUUUUGUCUAGGAAAAUAGGUCUUUUCACAUGCAAAUCAAAUGAAUAAAAAAAAAAGUCUUUGCCACUCGAGGAAGUCAACUUUUUUACAAAAAGGUUUAGAAAAUACACACAAAACACACACAGAUGCAUGUAUGAAUCGGAGUUUGUACUGGUAAUAACACUGGUUUUAUUGACACAUCCCACAUGGGUACCUAUAUAAGAAACAUGAAGGGAAAGAGCACAGUCUCUUUUCUGAACACAGACGUUGUUUUACAGAGACACACGGACGCUGAGGGUGGACGUAGUGGUAUCCCUGAUGAAUAGACCCAUUUCAUCUGUGAUACGACCAGUUUUCAAUUCUCUGACUGAGUUCAAAUACGUUAAACCACAAGGGAAUAAUUGUCUCUCCCGCUGUUAGUGUUCCAACACUGUUGUACCUGUGAACAGCGGCAUCACACCUGUACUUAUGAAGAAUACAUGUCCCCAAAGGUGUCGGCGCUCAAAUGCAUACUGGGUCUGUCGAGUGAAACACAUCUCAAAUGUCGGUGACUUUUGUCUUACAAUAUCUUUUUUAAUAUCUUCUGCAAAAGAAUAUUUCAAAUUACUGCCCAGUGUUCGCACUGCCACGGAGGUUUGGUUUUCACCCCUGUGCAUUUGUUUCAUUGGAGGAUGUUUGAUGGAUCAGGGAAUAAACCGUUACAUUUUGGGGAAGAUCCAAGAUUUGUUUCCCCUUUCCUUUACAUUGCAGGCAUUUGUCAUCACUUUCAUAUAUUUCCACGGCAAUAAUUCAUGGAACUUAAGGAAAACACAUUUAGGAAAUUGUUAUAUCAGUGAAAUUUGGUGCAGCUUGAUUGACUGUUAGGUUAUUGUUAUGCCUUAGCAGACAUAUAUGCUGUUCUGAGUGCUGUUCUAGUUAAUUAUACAGUACUGUUGUUGACUGGAAAUCCUUACAGAAUAAAAGGAGUAAACACAAAUACAAGGAAUGUGCCUGUAGGGGUAAAUUACUGGUAAACCUGAAGGAUUAGAAGCUUAAUAUGUGUUAAGAAAAAAUCCCUUCCUAAUAGGCCCAAAUCCUUAUUUAUCAUUAAGCAUUGUCCCAAAGGUCAGAAUUUACACUUAAUGUAAGACUAUCAAACCACCAGUAUCAAGCCAGACAAGGCAUUUGUUGUCCAUGUGUUUCUCUAAAAAGCCCCGGUGACAUUUUGGUGACACGUUGGACGUCACAUGACAGCAACAAUAUGCAGAGGAGAAUAAACCCUUGUAAAAAGUAUAAAUAAAAGCCAUAUCUGUUCA